CAUAGUGUGUAUUCAUGGUGUAUCCAUCAUGCUAAAUUUCCGUUUCCGGUGUCAUGGCAGAAAAUUUACCCGACGGUUGGGAAAAGCGUGUUAGUCGGUCCUCCGGAAGAGAUUAUUACCUCAAUCUUCAUACAAAGGAAAGUCAGUGGGACAUACCCACAGAGCCAGCUAGCAAUAAAAUGUCUCAAGUACAGUGUUCCCAUCUUCUUGUUAAACAUAAUAAAUCACGAAGACCAGCUAAUUAUAAAGGCGAAAAUAUAACAAGAAGUAAAGAAGAAGCAUUAGACUUAUUGAAAGGUUAUCGACGCCAAAUUGAUGAUGGUGCAAAUUUCAGUGAAUUAGCUACUCAAUUCAGUGAUUGUUCUUCUGGGAAACGUGGUGGAGACCUUGGACUAUUUGGAAGGGGACAAAUGCAAAAACCAUUUGAAGAUGCAUCGUUUGCUUUAGAAGUUGGCCAACUUAGCGAUAUUGUUGAUACUGAUUCAGGAGUUCACAUUAUAUUAAGAACUGCUUAAUUUUUUAAGAAAAUAUAAUCUUCGAGUUACCUUGAAGGAUGAAAAUUAAUGGUAGCUCUUAAAUACUGAUUACACUGUAAGAUAAGAUCUGUAAAUUUAUUUUGUUGGACACUUUUUAAUAGGUAAAAAAAAAAUCAAUAAAUUGUAGGAACAAAGUUCCCAGGUAACAAAUACUGGUGUGUACCAUCUACAAUAGAUUCAGUAAUGUAGUAACAACUGUAGUUUCAAUAUAACCAUCAGGAUUGUACACAUCAAUAAGAAGUUCUUUUGUUUUUCUACAACCAUUACAUAAAUAUAUGGAUUUUUUUUAUCAGAAGUACAUAAUCCUAAGAUCAUCAUAUUUGCACAGUUUUUUCUUUGUUAUUCAAGAUCAUAAUGAAAAUUUUGUGGAUGCUCAUGCAAUUACAUGUACAUGUGCUCACUUUUUGAUUUUGCUUUGUACCAUGUUUAAAAUUUUCAUACAAAUGCUCUCAAUAUUUUUACAUCUUUUCUAUUUAUGAUUCAUUUGAUGAUUUAUUGUGUCACAAAGUGUGUGCUUUUUGUAAUUUAGAACCAGACGCAGACCAUCAUUUACAAAUCGUGUCAUAUCAUAAUCAUAUGCAUGUAAUGCUUUAUAAUUUUAGAUCAGUUCAACUUAUUUGUUAUAAAUGACUACUUUGUGUCAUCGCUCGUUUAUAAUACAUAUAAUUUUAUGUCUAUUAAACCAAUAUAAAAAAUA